CUCUCGCCAUGGAUUUUGAAGAGCGACCAGUGAAAAUCCGUAAGAUGGGCCAUGGUCAGGACGUCUCGGAUGCUCAAGGCACGGAUAUUACGGCAACCACUGUGGAUGACCCAGAUGCCAACGGCGCUGGUAUUGCCCGUGCCGACGACCAAAGCGAACCUAAAAUAUCGAAGAACCAACUAAAAAAGCGAAGGCGGCAGGAGCAAUGGGAAGCUGGGCGCGAAGAUAGAAAAAUUAAACGGAAAGAAAAAAUCAAAGCCAGGAAAGAGCGGAGACGAGAGGAACAACAACAGAACCCAAGCGCUGAGAUGCCGAAGACUCGCUUGAGGAGCGGUCGUAAAAUGCCGCAAUUUGGCAACCAAGUCCCCAUUACCGUUGUCCUAGAUUGCGAAUUUGAGGAUCUUAUGUUUGACUACGAACUCAAGUCUCUAGGCCUCCAGAUUACCAGGUGCUACUCAGACAACAGGCAAGCUCAGUUUCGAACGCACUUGGCUAUUUCUUCAUUUGGCGGGAAAAUGAAGGAGAGAUUUGAUGGAAUUCUCGCCAAACAAUAUACUUCCUGGACAGGGGUCCGCUUCUUCGCAGAAGACUUCGUGGCGGUGUCAGAGAAGGCUAAAGAGUGGAUGAAAGAUGAUAGAGGUAGUAUCGCUGGUGCUCUUACCGAGGAGGAGGAUUCUGAAGGCGAGGUCAUAUAUCUAACGAGUGAAAGCAAUGUUACUUUAGAGCGUCUUACAGCAAACAGUACAUAUAUCAUUGGGGGAAUUGUCGACAAGAAUCGGCACAAGGGAAUUUGCUAUAAGCGGGCACUGGAUAGGGGAGUGAAGACAGCCAGACUACCGAUCGGGGAGUACCUACGCAUGAAUAGCCGUCAAGUGUUAACUACCAAUCACGUUCUGGAAAUCAUGCUGAAGUGGCUGGAAUUUGGGGAUUGGGGCAAGGCGUUCAUGGAAGUCAUUCCCAAGCGUAAAGGAGGAGCAUUAAAGGGUACGGGUGGAGGGGAAGCAAGCGGAGAAGGAAGUAGACAGGCAGACGCAGAAGCAGACGAAAACAGUGUCAUCAUGAGAAGGGUAUUCUACCUCGAAUUGGUACUCCCUGUGCCUUCUCAGUCUGUCACAGCAUCUUGCUCGUAA